UUAAACUCGAAUGCAACAAUGUUCUUUGGCUCCGUGUUACUAUUACAAUAAGUUGUUUAUAAUCGUUAUAAUUCAAAACAGUUAAAUAAAUGUGUAUGGAAUAAGAAUUUUCGCAAAAUUCUUACCCAUAAUUUUUUACCCUUUAGUGAGAAUGAUGCAACGUUUACCUGAUCAGGGUCAAAUUUUAGUCUGGGUUCAUGUAGCAGGUCACUGAAUUUAGAAUUCAUAUGUACUUUUCAAAAGAGUGCAUUAUUUUAAGAAGUAUAUGUAGCUAUGUAUGUACACUCUUUAAUACCAAUCCGCAUUUACAUAGAAAAAUACGUGAGACAAUAAAUACAUAGUUCGUCAUGCAUAAUAACGACUACGUUCCAAGUGCUCCUCCCCCACAAAUUCUGGAUGCAAGCCACUUCUACGAACAAUCAGAUCCACCCCCACCCUAUAAUGAGGUGAAUUAUCCCCCUGGAAAUUGUUACCCAAUGUCCCCCCACCCACAACAAAAUGUGCAUUUUCACGUAACCCCUUCCCAACCACCACCAGCACCAAUUCCGCAACCGGUACCGACUCCACAAACAAUUUACGUAAUCCAUCAACACCAAAUUGAGAAUGGUGGGGGCGGCGGUGUUCCUGGGGAUCAAAACUUAUCAUCUCAACUUGACACGAUGGAAGCUCAGUUAGAUCGAAUAGAAGUUGCAUUGAGUCAAGACAUGCAGACUGAUUUAAUGUUGGAUCAAAAAGCGAGAUUAAUAUUUGUGAGGAAAAUCUUCUCUGUGCUCGUCUUCCACUUGAUUGUUUCGAUUGGAGAGAUACUUUUGGCAAAAUCAAGACUUACUGACAUUCACGAAAAUCAAUUCCAAUCCGACGUUUCGUAUAAUUUCGCAUUUGGGAGUACAAUUAUCGGUGGAUUUAUCCUGAUUACCUGUUCGGUGUGGAAAUCAUGGCGAAAUUAUUGGUACAUGAGCCUCCCCGUAUUGGGACUGUUGUCAGCCUGUGUCGUAUAUUUGAUGGUGUAUGCCGUUUCUAUUAGCAAACUGGAGAUUUAUUACAAGUCCAUCCUGUUCAUGGCCACCCUGACCUUCAUAUUUGUCUCCUUCAUCAUAUUCACCUUCCAACCCUGGCUGGACUUCAACGUUUUGUGGGGAAUCCUACUCAUCCUGGUUUCAUCGGUAAUCAUGAUUUGCUUAAUGGGAAGCGUGCUUCAGGUGGCGUCUGAUGUCUUACCAAAAAACGUAACGACGGAGAUGGGCGAAAAUGGAACUAACGAGCACAAUCCCGACCAAGAGGGAGAAAUCGACCCUUUGCCGCAACUAUUUCACCCAAAUUUAGCCAACGCUAUCGUCGCCGCUGCCCACGUCGGGAUUUACAUCGUGGCCGUCGUGCGCCACAUGAUGGUGCGCAUGUGCACCAAUAGCGGGUGCUGCAUGAAUGCAUUUUGCGGGUGUGGACUGACUGCUUGCAAAAGAGGGAGAGAUUGGCCUAAUGCAAUCGUGGAAAUUUAUUUUUGUCUCGUGAUAGCCUCGAUCGUCCUGCUGAUGGCUUUUAUCGCAGUUAUUGCGGUCUGUUUCAGCCCGACAAAGAGGAAAAGGCGUAGUUGUUAAUUGCCGUCAGCCGUUUAUUGGGAUAGUUUUGUCCGUCCGCUCGUCUGUCUGUCGGUAUGCUGGAUAUGUUUAGAAUGCCUCCAGUAUAUUCGCCAUUGUUUUUUUAAUUUUUAAGUCAUUAAUGUUUUUACCAGUGAGUAAUACACUGAUGAGGUUAAAGGAGAAAAAUACAUUUAGUGUGUAAUUUUAAAGUACAUUUCAAUCAUUUUGAUACGACUUUUUCAUAUUCAGUGGCUUGACACCGUUUAUUAUACAGGGUGGCCCUCAGUAACUGUAAGUGAAAUAAAGCGCUGUAGCAUCAAGGGUUUUUGUGCUACACAUUUCUAGUUAAUUUUAAUGGAAAGCCAGUUAAUUUCUGAGUAGAAAACAAUUUUUAGUUUUCAAAAUUUACUCCCCCUCCAUUAAUGCAGCGCUGAAGAUGUCGCUUCCAGUCCUCUAGUGGAGCACACGCUGAAUCCGUGGACAAAUUGUAUCAUUCCGGGGUCAAAUAAUUUUUUAAAGCCGCGACACUUCUACGAGGCUUAGAACACACCUUUGCCCCUAACUUUGACCGUUUUUCAUAGUCCAGAGAUUCAAAUCCAACAAGGAGGACGACAAUUCCCCAGCGGAAAUAAAGUUCGGAAUUUGGUCUUUAGCGUCCCUUGGCUCAUUUUUUGGAAUAUGUAGUGGUACUGUGUCCUAUAUCGAGGUCCAGUUGACUCCAUUGACUUGGAUCUCAUUUAGUAGAUGUACCUCGGACUCAAAAACGUAUUUCAAGAAUUUUUUUUCUUUGACCUUCCUCCCCGUUUCAACAAAAUGUGGAGAAAUUACCCCUAAUCAGCGCUCACCUACAAAAACCAUCGCAAAACAUGGAUAAUGGGACCUUUUGACCUUUUUUCAUAUUGAGGGAUAUCUUUGGCCUAUUUUGCAUGGACGAAGUCAUUUUGUUGGGUUAAAAAAAUUCUUUACAAUUAAAAUCUGCUCAUCUGCAACAAGAAUUAUCUUUACUCUUUUUUAGCGUACCGCUUAAAGAGAGCCAUGCAUUUCUUUAACCUGGUUUUCUUUUGGGGGAUGGUAAGCAUGCGGCAAGUACUACGUUCCAAAGCCUUAAGUUCAAGGUUCAGUUUGAGCACUCGUUGAAUACGGUCCAUCGACAAUGUGAGCUGUGAGGCUAUUUUCCGUUGGAAUUUCGUAGAUUCUUCCUGAUUUCGGCUUUCAGCGCCUUCAGCAUGGGUGUCGUCCUUGUAGGUUUUCAAAAAAUUCCUACUUCGACUGUUCUUAGUAGGCCAGGUCCAAAUGAAUGUUUUUAUGGUUCGUUGAACUAAAUUAAAGCGCACGUUCAAUUCCUUUCAAACUUUUCAUAUUCACUAUUUCUCUCGCCAUUUUUUAAGUGAAAAAUUAUCACCACUCGCGUCAUUUCAAGAUUUUCCCUGCUGAUAUGCUUUCUAAUCAGUUAAAAACGAACUUGUGAUAUCCAAGUAAAAUCGCACGUAGAAUCCAAUGCACUUAUCAGAUUUUAAUUAUCUCGAGUGGUUUUCCCCUUAUGAGCUACUUACAGCUAGCAUCAGCCCACUGGGUAUUUUGCGCGGUAUUGGAACUAUAAUUGUGUGACGAAUUUAUUAUGGAAAAGGAAAAACAUUUACAUUUAUGAUACAUAAUAUGUAUCAUAAAUUAUGAUGAUAAUAUAAUUAUUUUAUUAUAUAUGAAUAAACAUAAACAUAUUUAAAUUGAA